AUGGCGGACCUAAAUAAUUUGGUCGCGCAGUACGAGGGUGUGCCUGGGAAGAUAUCUGAUGUGCUGACAGGACAGGGACCGUUCCAAGCGGCGAUAGCGGGUCACCUGUACUCUCCCAUCUCUGUCUACCAGCAAAGGGUUCCACCACAGACCUACGAAGUGGGGCCUCCAGUUCCUUCGCAGUUGGCCUACUCGGAGCACAGGGUCUCAGUUCCCAACUUCAACCAAUUCAACCUGCCACAAAAACAACAGCAAAUACCGCAACAAAUCCCACAACAAAUCCCAAUUUUCAACCAGAAACAAAACUUCGAUCAACCCCAGUAUCAACAGUUUCAACAAAUCCAGCAACUCCUUCAACAGAUUCCCAAUAACCAUUUCCUUCAACCUAUCCAGUAUAACCAGCAAGCAGCUUUGCAACCAAAUCUACAACCAGCCCCGCAACCAGCAUUUCAGUUCCCCCAACAGUUGCAACUUCAGCAAAUUCCUCAUCAACCCAAUACAGUUUUUAAUCAGAAUCAACAAAACCAACAGAGCUUUCAAAUCAACCAAAGAGACCUUAAAGGACAACCGAACCCACAACAUUUUUUUGAAAAACAGAAUAUACAGGCAUAUAACCAGAAACCACAGAACGCUUUGAGCUACGCAACAUUUAUAUACAAUCCAGUGGACUCAUUUCAGCAACCACAAAUUCAACAGCAGCACCAAGAGCAGCAGUACCAGCAAGUUCAACCGCAGCAACCUCGACCACAAAUACAGUAUCAGCUAGAACAUCCACUGCUGGGAAACUAUAACCCUCCAAUACCGAUUCAACAUCAACCGCAAAUUCAAAGGUUGAUGCUGUUUCUCAUCAUCACAAUCCUGAUGCUGUCAGAAACCCAGCAGGCGUCCUUGCAAGACGACACCAAACUCAACCUGAUAACAACAUCCAAACCAAUGAGGAAGAAGAAAAUCCUUCCCUUUGCGCUACUCCACCAUUUACAAGUGAUCCCUCUCCACCACGUCCAUACUGUGCAUACGGAGGUCAGCGCUGCCGUGCAGGCCUGCAACACCUUUCACUAUUUUGCUAAGCUGGUGGACUGCACGGCAGUCCUGCCGUGA